UGUGACAGGCAAAGCAGAGCUUCGAGCUCUGUGUAAUGAUUGGUAAAGGUAUGAGGAAAGGGACGUGAACAAGGCCUCAUUGACCCCGAGCAGGAUAUUCCACGAUGAAAGCGGUAUAUAAAAGGCAGGAGCCACACCAAGCAGGGAUACAGAGAUUUGCUCAUUCCAGGGCUGGCUGCUGGCCCCUCUUCUCACCCAAGGUAGCCUAGAAGCCCUUACCAUGGCUCGGGUUUGGAGCGGUCUGAAAUUCUGCCUUCUCCUUCAAAGCGUCUGCCUCUCCCUGGCACAGUUUCAAGGUCCACCAGGAGAACCCGGACCACGGGGCCCCCCAGGUCCGCCAGGAGUGCCAGGAGCUGACGGCAUUGAUGGUGAUAAAGGUCCCCCAGGAGCAGCAGGAAGCCCCGGAACCAAGGGAGAACCAGGCCUUCCAGGUCCAGAUGGCCCUGUGGGUAAACCAGGAAUUGAUGGCCUAACGGGAGCGAAAGGAGAGCCAGGGCCCUUUGGGAGACCAGGUCCAAAAGGCCAGCCUGGACUUCUAGGACCUCCGGGGCUCCCAGGGCCCAGUUUGGCAGGAUCUCCUGGCCCACCAGGUCAGGUUGGACUCCCUGGAGAAAUCGGCGCUCUGGGACCCAAGGGGGAACGUGGACCGGACGGACCUCAAGGGCCUCCAGGACCUCCCGGGAAGCCUGGUCCUGUUGGUCGCAUCCAUGGAGUCGAAGGCAGUGCAGAUUUUUUGUGUCCAUCAAACUGCCCACCAGGACCCAAAGGACCUCAGGGAUUAACCGGCUUGAAGGGACACAAAGGCCGCCCAGGAGCCCUGGGGGAACCUGGCCGACAAGGCAAGCUGGGCCCAAAGGGUGAAGUAGGCCUAUCCGGAGAGCAAGGCAUUCCCGGCCCUCCCGGCCCACAAGGCCUGAGGGGGUAUCCUGGAAUGGCCGGCCCUAAAGGAGAGAUGGGCCCUCACGGCUAUAAGGGCAUGCUUGGGACCAUUGGAGCUGCAGGGCCACCGGGUGAAGAAGGUCCUAAGGGGCCUCCAGGACAGGCUGGUGAGAAGGGAGACCUUGGUGCUCGUGGUUACAGGGGCCCUCAGGGAGGAAUAGGGCCCAAGGGGGCGCAUGGACUUCCUGGGAUUGAUGGUAAAGAUGGCACCCCUGGAAUUCCUGGGGUGAAGGGAAGCGCAGGGCAACCAGGACUUCCAGGCCCGCCAGGCCACCGAGGAUUAGCUGGUUUGCCAGGCACACCUGGAACCAAAGGUGGCCCAGGACAAAAGGGUGAACCAGGGGGACGUGGCUUACGAGGUUUGUCUGGGUCACCUGGGAAAAUGGGUGAGCCUGGACCUCGAGGAGAACUGGGGCCGCAAGGGAUAGCUGGUAUAAAAGGAGAUCGGGGCGAGAGAGGCCCAGUUGGUCCUCCAGGGCUGCAGGGGAAAGUGGGCCCGAAAGGGGAACAGGGUCCCCCAGGAAUUCCAGGGCCCCAAGGCCUUCCAGGAGUUAAAGGCGGCAAGGGUGUCCCAGGCAAACAUGGAGCCAAAGGUGAUGUUGGAGAUCCUGGUGUUGAAGGCCUUUCUGGGGAGAAGGGGGAGAAGGGUGAAUCGGGUGAGCCAGGACCAAAGGGACAGCAAGGUGUCCGUGGGGAGCUUGGUUUCCCUGGACCCACCGGGGAUGGAGGAGCUCCCGGUGUGCGAGGUUUCCCAGGACCUCCUGGCCCACGAGGACUUGGUGGAGAGCGCGGUGUGCCUGGAAUGCCUGGACCGCAGGGCCCCCCAGGCAGGGACACAGGGGAUCAACACAUUGUUGAUGUGGUCUUAAAAAUGUUGCAAGAACAACUGGCUGAGUUAGCCGUGAGUGCAAAAAGAGCUGCCCUGGGCGGGGCAGGGGUGAUGGGACCACCUGGACCUCCAGGACCCCCCGGGCCUCCUGGUCACCAAGGGCCACAUGGAGCCCCCGGCUCUCGGGGAAUCCCAGGAAUCAUCGGAGCUGUGGGACAGAUUGGCAACACGGGACCCAAAGGAAAGAGAGGUGAAAAAGGAGAGCAAGGAGAAUCGGGCCGUGGGCAUCAGGGGAUGCCGGGACCACCGGGCAUACCAGGUCUUCCAGGUCAUCCUGGCCAUGCCGUCAACGGCAAAGAAGGAGAACGAGGAACUCCAGGUGUACCAGGACAAGCGGGACGCCCUGGUUUACCUGGGCCUGCUGGCCUUCCUGGAAUCUGUGAAGCAGCUGCCUGCCUAGGAGCCUCUGCUUAUGCCUCGGCCCGCUUGACCGAACCAGGUGCUGUCAAAGGACCUUCUUACUGAACGCUGCCAGCAGAAAGUUCUGUUGCAAGUGUGACUUCAUUGAGUCGGCAAAAGCUCCACCACUGGCAUUAAGGGACCUUCACAUCAGGACAGGCACCCUCCAGAGAGAUGGGGAACCACCAAUCCAAAAACUUUUCUGAGACAAGUCGUGUCUGCCUAUUCCUUGGGCAUCAUCCAUCCAUGUUUUGCUGAUGAGAAGAUGACACUUGGCCACUGUGAAUAGCUUAAAUUGAGGUGACUUAAAAGGCAACAACGGAGAUGUAUGCAAAACAGUAGUUGAGCCUGGAAACUUCUCCCUUUGGGGCUGCUGUUCUUUUAAAUAUAUACUGGGAAUUGCUGGCCCCAUCUCAGUGCCAUGAAAACAAGUGUGCGCUUUGCCAAGACACGAUGUUGCCAACUAUUCUGGUGGGUGGGGUGGGGUGGGAGGGAGAGAAGAAUAUGCUCCUUUAUCUUGGGCCCAAAUCACAUUAUUUUUUGAGGUUGUGGUCACACGUAGUGACGUCUCUCUUUGUUAUCAGGUUAGGGUGUUCGUAUGAAGCAGUUUUGUAUGGAGAAAAUCCAGAAUUACUGUACGAAAACAAUUCCUUGAAAAGUCGCGUGUACGUUUUCAUGGUGUGGACAUCUGAUUUCUUUGUUUCCACUUGAGCUUUGCUUCAAACAAAAACCUCUCCAUGUAAAAUAAAAUAAAAUAACGCAGUCAAAACUUGCUAUGGGAAGAUUUUACCACUUGAAGAACGAACUUAUGAAAUGGUCCUUAGGUAAUUUAAUUAUCUGAUUGAUUCACUGAGCCCCUCUCUUGUUCAUCCCCUUUUCUACUAAAUAUCUAAUCUGUUAACAUUUUGGUAGGUUUAUAUCGUGUGUGCUUGGAAGGAUUUCUUCUGUCCAAAUUGCUUCUGAUUUUUAUUUGCAUCACUAUUUCUUUUUGUGUUUCCCUUUUUAUAGUAUGCAAUUUGUGGUUGAUUAUUUAAUGAAGAACAACAGAGUCGGCUUAAGUCGCCUCCCCAAAGCUGUAAAUCUUUGUAAAAUAAGGUUAUUUUAUAAAUAUGAAUUAAAAAUCAAUAAUUUUUUUUCCUCUGCAAAGAAUAACUAGUCAAUCCAGACAAUAAACUGAAGAAUGAAUGCCGAUGAACUUAACUGAUGUCUGCUUCUUUCAGUUUAAUAGAUUUGUAAAACUGUGUUUUUCUUUAGUUUGUGCCUUCAAUAAUUACCCUCUCUGGGGUAAUUAAUUUUCCUCAUGAUUAAUUUAUUGGAUCUUGCUUCUGUUCAGGGAAUCAACUGGAUUGCCUUGGAGGACCCUUGCA